AGUUUCCUGUCAGGCUGUGACGUACAACACGGAAAACCCACACAACACCAAACUAAUGAAACUGUCAGUGGCGACCGACUAGACUUCAUACAGAGCUUCUGGUAGCUUAGUUUGUACAACCAUGAUGCAAUUUUUGGUCGGGUUCACUCUGGGGAACGUGGUCGGCAUGUACCUGGCUCAGAACUAUGAGGUACCCAACAUCUCUAAGAAGAUCGAGGAGUUCAAGAAAGACGUGGAGGCCAAGAAGAAGCCGCCAGAGUGAACCAUCUGGGGCCAGUGGGGGGCGGAGUGAACCAUCUGGGGCGGAGUGAACCAUCGCGGAGUGAACCAUCGCAGAGUGAACCAUCUGGGGGGGGGGGGGGUCCAGGGUGGUUAAGACUCCAGUAGCUGGGCUCUAGAGAGAGGCGGAUGCAUCCUCCUACUGGACACAAGAGUGUAUGAGGACGUGUGUGUGAUGAGGACUUGUGUGUGACGUGCGUGUGUGUGUGUGUGGAACAGUGCCACAUCUCAACCCUCAUGUUCCUCUUAAAGCAGCCCCCCCCCCUCCCUCCCUCCCUCCCUCUCUCUCUCUCUCUCUCUCUCUCUCUCUCUCUCUCUCUGUGUGUGUGUGUGUGUGUGUGUGUGUGUGUGUGUGUGUGAGUGUGUGUCUAACUGACACUAAGGCACAGACGACCAUGGCAUCAGGAGUCCCAAAUACAAAAGCACUGCCCAGCUGAAAAGGGGUUGAGACAGAUUUUUAUACAUAACUAUAUAUAUAUACAUACAUAUGGGACAGAUUUCUAUACAUACCUAUAAAUACAUAUGGGACAGAUUUCUAUACAUACAUAUAAGUGUGUCGUUGCUUUUUCAGAGUGUUUGUGUGCCUCUAUUGUGUGAUAUAUAUAUAUAUUCUAUUCUAUUGCCCUUUACAAUGAAACUCUUUAAAGCUGCAAACAUACUGAGAGACGGUCAGCUUUCCUGAGUGUGUAAGACCUGAGGAGGUGUGUAUUGAGUGUGUAAGACCUGAGGAGGUGUGUAUUGAGUGUGUAAGACCUGAGGAAGUGUGUAUUGAGUGUGUAAAACCUGAUGGCUUUGAUUGUGUAAGAUCUGAUGGACUUUAUUAAACUGGAUCUCUCCUUCA